UACAUAAAGUAUAUUUGUAUAUUUGCAAUUUUGUGCAAUUUUUCGGAGUUUGCAUUUCACUAUUUUAUACUGAAUACUGAAUUUGUUUUUGAGCAGGUAAAUUGAGUAAAUGCAUGUUUAGUCUAGAACUUGCAAUUGAACUUGCAAAUGCACAUGCCUCUGCGCUUACUCCCAAAUUCUCUCAACGUAAAAACAAGAGAGAUCUCAAUCAAUAUAUGGUAAACAAAGUAUCUUGUGUUUCUUAUUUGAACAAAUAUGUUGUUGUAAUUUUUUUAAAACUUUAAGUUACUUGUAAUGCGUUACCCCAAACACUGGAUGCCACCAUAUACACAAAGAAACACAAUGUAGACUUGGCAUGACAAGAAAAGAAUACCUUUAUAUAAUUAAUGCUAAUUGUGUAAUGCUACAGAUAUCCUGAUGCUUAGUAGUCUUUGGACAGAUGUAGCUCAGAUCAGUCAGAAUGUAUGAGCAUCACAAUAAAUUGCAAUUAUCCCUUCCAAAUAGGCUACUACUCUAAUAACUAAUAUUUAAAAUAUUAGUAAGUAAUUCAUUACUGACUAGAAUAUAUCAUGGAACAUGAUCUUUACUAAAUAUCCAAAUAAUUUUUGUAAUAAACGAAAAAUCUAUCAUUUUGAUCCAUACAGUGUAUUGCUGGCUAUUGCUACAAAUAUACCUGUGCUACUUAUGACUGUUUUGUGCUCCAGGGUCACAAAUAGCCUAUGUACUAGUAUGUAAUAACAAGACAUUAAUAUACUAGUCAGUGGACAAAAAUGCAAGGCUGAACCAUGUCUUGAAAAUACGAUAGAAAUUUAUAUUUUCAUUUUUAUGUGAACUAUGUUUUUCAACUUGUUGAGCACUCUAGACACUUGAGGGUUUCUUGUUCAAAAAGUUAAACUAGAAUUUUAAAUGAUUUUAUUAUUAUAUGACUCAAUUCGGUGGAUGAUAACUCUCACUCAUUUUGAGUUUUAUGAAGCAGUGUGAUGGUUAAUGGUAUUCUGCAAAACAGAUAUAAAGAGGAUAUUUUUGCUAUAGUGAUGCAUUGCUGGUUUUCACUAAACUAGUCCACAAGUACGGAGUGUCAGCUGAUGCAACGAAUUGUGGUUGUCUAGAGUUGAUUUUUAUACACAUAUGUUUUCUAGACAAACGCUGCUUCGACGCUUGGUUUGGGGAAAUAAUUAGCUUUUUUGUUUGUUUGCAGAAGUUCUUUGAAUUUCUGCCUUGAAGAGGAACUGACGUUAGCUAAAACAGGUCAAUCAGAGCAAGAGAGAGAGAGUGAGAGAGUGUGUGUGUGUGUGUGUGUGUGUGUGUGUGUGUGUGUGUGAGAGAGAGAGAGAGAGAGAGAGAGAGAGAGAGAGAGAGCUAACGCUAGAGCAACCGCACUGUCUGCUAGCACUGCUGCCGUUUGUGCUUUAUCUGUCUCAAAAGCUAAACUUCACUUAUUAACGCGACUGGGGGAAAUAUUAUGCAUUCGGUGGACCUUUUUGAGUGUUCAUAACUCUAUAUUGCCAGUUGGGGGAGUUUGGGUCAGUGCAGGACGGUGUUAUUUGUUUCCGAUCAGAGCAGUUGAGCUGAGUUAGCUUAGCAGCCAGCGAGCCCAAGUUCCUUCAAGCGCCUUUGCGUUUCGCUAUCAAAAUGCCUGCUAUGUUGGAGAAGGGCACCACUGAGAUAUCGGGUAAAAGAAGGGGCAGACACUCUGUGAAUAAUCCGACCAAAAGUUUUACUUCAAAUGGGAACAGUAACAAUUCAUGGGAGGAAGGAAGUUCGGGUUCCUCAAGUGAUGACGAGCAUGGUGCUGGCGGGAUGCGAGUUGGAUCGCAGUAUCAGGCAGUUGUUCCUGAUUAUGAUUCUGAGGUAGCAAAGGCAAGCCAAGAGAGAGAUAAUUUGGGAAUGCUGGUGUGGUUUCCAAAUCCAAGUAUACCAGAGGCCAAAUUGGAUGAGUACAUUGCAAUAGCCAAAGAAAAACAUGGGUACAAUAUGGAGCAGGCAUUGGGCAUGCUGUUUUGGCACAAACACAACAUUGAGAAAUCUUUGGCAGAUCUCCCCAACUUCACCCCUUUUCCAGAUGAGUGGACAGUUGAAGACAAGGUGCUGUUUGAACAGGGUUUCAGCUUUCAUGGAAAGACAUUUCACCGCAUCCAGCAGAUGCUCCCAGACAAGUCAAUUGCAAGCUUGGUUAGAUUCUAUUACUCGUGGAAGAAAACGCGCAGUAAAACGAGUGUGAUGGACCGCCAUGUGCGCAAACAGAAGAGAGAGAGAGAGGAGAGUGAUGAUGGAGAAGAAAAUAGUUGCAUCUCUCCAGGGGAUGCAGAACUUGAGCCAAAUAAGGAUGAGAAGAAAGAGGGAAUGUCUGGACCUGAGAAACCAGAUUCAAAACCCGCAGUUGUGCAGAAGCCAGCAAAUCUUACAGAAAAGUCGAUGCAUGUUAAGAAAGAAGUACAGGGACUUGCUGGGAGGAACCUACACCGGGCAAAGAAGAAACCUCCUAAAGGAAUGCAUUUAAACUCUGAUGAUGUGGCGGCAAUGUCUAGCAGCGGCCCGGCAGCAGUCAGUGUUCUGAGACAGCUGGAUAUGGAGCUCAUCACUAUAAAACGACAGAUUCAGAGCAUUAAACAGCACAAUAGUGCCCUCAGAGAAAAGCUGGACACAGGUGUGGAUGAGUUUAGGCCAUCUGAGGCUAAUCAGAAAUUUAAUACCCGCUGGACCACAGAAGAACAGCUGCUUGCAGUACAAGCUAUAAGGAAGUACGGGCGGGAUUUCCAAGCCAUUUCUGAUGUGAUCGGCAACAAGUCUGUGGUUCAAGUGAAAAACUUCUUUGUGAAUUACCGGCGGCGCUUCAACCUGGAUGAGGUACUGCAGGAGUGGGAAGCUGAGCACGGCGUGGAGGGACGCAAGGGUUUAGAUGAAGAGAAAAUGGAGGUGUCAUCUGAAGAGGGAAACACCCCGGGGCCUUCAGAAAACCAGGCAGAGGAACCAACGGCCAUGGAAACACAGAACCCUUCAGUUUCAUGAGUACUCCAUCAGUGGUCAGCUGAGCUCAGAUCAGUUAAUAUCACAGCUGUGCAUAAGAAGCAUUAAGGCUUCGGUUGCCUCAAGUGAAGUCUCUUCGUAAUGGACAUUCCCCCCCGCCACAUCCUGGUCCCUCUGACUCCCACCCCUCUACUGGUCCCAGGACUCUCACAGAACUAGGAUCAUCACUGCCAACAGAAGUAGAGUCCCUGUCUGGUCUCUAGCAGUCUGGUGCUCCAACAGUUAUAUUCUCCACAAAUGCUAAUUGGUCUGUUAUGGGGGAACAAAACACCCAUAUACCCAUCCCAACAUCAUUGGACAGAGAAUUGUGAUCUUAAAAGAUCUCUUAAGGAGUCUAAAGGAGUUUAAUAUCACUUGACCAUCUCUCUUUCUUGAUAUGCACAUAGGACUUUGACUUGGUCCUGGUCCAACAUUCCUUUCCAGUUACUUUUUUGUUGCUGUAGCAUAAUAUCUAGUUAUAUGAUUUGCUAUUUUAAAAUAGUUUGGGGGGGUUAGUUGAUCUCUGGUUGGAUUAAGCUAUUUAUUUGCAUAAAACGUGAAUUAUACGAACUGCUCUGUAUAGAUACAGUGAAAUGCCAGUGUAGAUGAAAUUUCAAUAAUUUUAAUACCAAUUUUAAUAUUAUUCUUUUAAAUAUGAGAUGAUUUGCAGCUCUUAUAUUAAGUGAGUUGGUUUAGUAUUAGGGCAUAAUAUAUACCGUUUAAUCAUGGACCCUUGUACAUGUGUAUUUGAAAUGCAUUUCUUGGCUGAGGCUGUUGACUGUGAGAACAGGCACAGCAGAGUGUUGUAACAGAAUGGGAAGUAUUUUUCGUUCUUGCUUGGAUUUUUUAAAUCUUAUUUCGAACUGUGUUUUGCAUGCAUGAACGGUUCUUCAUGCCAGGGUCAAGCUUUUCACCCUCUUAGGGGUGUCUAAGCGUAUAUGGAUUGCCGUGUGUAGGUAAGAAUUUCAAAAUAUGGCAGCAUAUCUAAAUUGCUACUACUAUUCCAUGCUUGUAUGUGUUUUUCCACACAUCCUAAUUUAUGAUGGUGUUUGGAGAUGUUAGAUGGGUUCCUGUUGUUCGUUUUUUUUUGUUUAAAUUGAAGUUAUUUAAAAUACAUGCACUCUUACUUUUUUCGACCAAAUCUUUCCCUCUAAUAACUGUAACGGUACCCUACAUGUGUGAACUCCUUUUAAACUGAUUAUGCGUGCAGAUAAUGUACAUGGAUGGGGUGAAGUUCUGUGUGUGCGUGUGUGUGUGGGUGGGAGCUAAUGUGGUCAUAGACUGUGGACCGUAUAUGUAAUCAGUUUGUCACAUUAGUCAUAAUAAACAUAAGGGAUUUAUACUG